AUGACGGAGGAAAUCGACCGCUUGCGCAGAGAGAUUGCGCAGCGCGAAUCUGAGCUAGCGGACCUAAAGUCGCAGCUCGCCGUCGCCGAGUCGCAGAAGCGCGAGACGGAGCACAGCGCAGACGCGCAAAAGGACUGGAAAUGGCCGCUUAAAGAAGACGAGUAUGAGAGGUAUAGCCGGCAGAUGAUUGUGCCCAAUUUCGGGCUGCAAGGACAGCUUCGGCUGAGAAAGGCCAAGGUGCUGCUCGUCGGCGCAGGUGGCCUGGGCUGUCCUGCAGCGGCGUAUCUGGCGGGCGCUGGCGUCGGCGUCUUGGGCCUCAUUGACGGCGACACGGUCGAGGUGUCGAACCUGCAUCGCCAAGUGGCUCAUUCCACCAGCCGUGUGGGCAUGACCAAGGUCGAAAGCGCCAUUACCUACCUCAAAGACCUCAACCCUACCAUCACAUACCAUGCGCACCAAACGCACCUGACGCCGCAAAACGCAGCUUCCAUCCUGUCUUCGUACGACCUCGUCCUGGACUGCACCGACCACCCCACCUCGCGCUACCUCAUCUCCGACGCCUGCGUGCUCCUCGGCAAGCCCCUCGUUUCCGCCUCGGCGUUCCAGACCUCUGGGCAGCUGCUCGUCCUGCACAGCCCGCCCGGCCGCGGGCCCUGCUACCGGUGCGUGUUCCCGAAGCCGCCGCCGCCCGAGAGCGUCGUCGGCUGCGGUGAGGGCGGCAUCAUCGGCCCAGUCGUCGGUACCAUGGGCGUGCUGCAGGCCCUCGAGGCCAUCAAGCUCAUCACGCGUGGCGGGCUGGAGUCGCCGUCGCCCUCCUCCUCCUCCUCCUCCUCCACGGACGCGGCGGCACCAAAGCAAAUGACCAUGCUCCUCUUUAGCAGCAUGGCAGAAAACGACAACAUGUUCCGCACGGUGCGCAUCCGUGGCAAGCGCGACGACUGCUUUGCAUGCGGAAGCGGCGGCGGGGACGGUGCCCUGACGCUGGCGCAGAUGCAGUCGUCGCUGGAUUACGUGCAGUUUUGCGGCGUCGCGCAGCCGGUGAAGCUGCUGCACCCGGCGGAGCGCAUCCCCGCGUCCGAGUACGCGCGGAUAGCGGCGGACCGCGGCUCGCCGCACUUGCUCAUUGAUGUCCGCGAAAAGGAGCAUUUUGGGCUGUCAAACAUUCCCGGCUCCGUCAACGUCCCCAUCAGCCUGUUUAUGAGACCGCGCGCGCCUACAGAGGCUGGGACGCCGGACUGGAUGCCGGCAGACCUCCCGCACUCGGCGCCCAUCUAUGUCGUGUGCCGCGUGGGAAACGAUUCGCAGAUUGCUACGCAAAAGCUCAAGGAGCUGGGACUUGACCGCAAUGGUGAGCGGUUCGUGGGAGACAUUGACGGCGGACUGCGUGCGUGGCGCAAGGAUGUGGACCCUACAUUACCCUUCAUAUAA